AUGAUGCCAAAUUUCAACAUCAAAGUGAAAUCGGCGACGCCUCUCCUCCUCGACGCGAGAGAGGCAACCAUGAAAAAUGUAGAAGCAAUGUGUCGUGGGCAGCCGGCAUGGUACUCCCUUUCAUCCGUAGCAGAGUAUCGCCAAAAACGAGCGGAAGGCCUAGAUGGAUUUGUGUCACCCGCUCUAUACUCUGGCGCCAAGACAGUCUAUAUCGCAGCUCGGGAUGGGCAUCAGAUCGAAUUACGAAUCAUCCAGCCAUCUAAGGAGUCUAAGGGGGUGCUUCUCCACUUCCAUGCGGAAGGCGGAUUUGUGAUCGGUUCCUGCAAAUCCUACGAUAACUACCUCCUACACCUAGCCAAUGCACUUCAGAUUACAGCAGUCUCUGUAGAAUAUCGUUUAGCUCCCGAGAACCCAUAUCCAGCAGCUCAUCAUGACGCUCUAGACGCGGCACGCUUUGCACUAAGCCCCGAAGGUGAACGCAUUCUUGGCUCUCCGCUGAAAAUUCUUGCCGGGGAGUCUGCAGGAGGCUCCCUAGCAACAUGGGUUGUAUUGGCUCUCCGAGAUCAAGGAGUUGAUGUCCGUUCAAAAAUAGCGUGUAUCAUGUCUUCAUAUCCCAUCUAUGACAUGACAUAUACACCUUCGUUGUUGCGUCACAAGAGAGAGGCUGUUCUGAGUAGCGAAGGAAUGAUAAAGUUUGUUGAUACCGCAUUUCCACACUUGAGUCUGGAAGAAAGGAAAGAUGGGAAUGUCAGUAGUCUUUAUGCUGAGCUAAGCGGGAUGCCGCCUGCGCUUUUCCUCUGCGGAAUGGAGGAUCCACUGCUUGAUGACAGUGUUUUCAUGGGAAGCAAAUGGGCAAUUGCGGGAAAUGAAAGCGAGGUCAUUCUAGUUCCCGGUGCGUGGCAUGCUUUCACGUUGAUUCCAGCAGGCGAGAUCACAGAUGAAGGGCUAGGAGAUUUGGUCCAAUUUGCGAGCAAGCAUUUGAAAUAG